AUGAUUUCGAAACUGAUUUGUGUAGUUAUAGCGUCAGUAGUAGUGUGGGAGCCGUCUCCAAACUACUGUUAUGAUGAAAGGACUUUACCCCCAGACAUGGCCGACCUUUUCAGAAACAAAUCUGACCAAGAACUAAUUUUCGAAGACUGUUUGAAUUCCUAUAGUUUGUGUAUGACCUUUGAGAGGGAGCGGAAUCACACGGAAAUUUGCUCAAUCGAAAUUAAUAUAAAGAAGACAUUUAAAUCAUUCUGCGAAAUGGUUUAUGAAAACUGCAAGGGAGAUAAUAAUACUUGGAGAUAUUUUCACGAUGGCCCAUGUGACGUCGAGUUUGUGGAAGAAGCUGCGUACCAAGGAAUUUUUUUCGGCUCUCCUAAUAAAGAAUCACAUCCACCAAGUGUCGAUGAAAAGUUACAGGAGCCAGAUGCCACUGGAGACACACAUCCACCAGGUGGCGCAGGAGAGACACAUCCACCAAGUGGGGCAGGAGAGACACAUCCACCAGGUGGCGCUAAAGACACACAUCCGCCGGGUGGCGCUAAAGACACACAUCCGCCGGGUACCGCUGGAGACACACAUCCACCAGGUGGCGCUGGAAAUAAAAAUCCGCCAGGUAGCGCUUUUGACACACAUCCACCUGGUAGCGCUGGAAAUAAAAAUCCGCCAGGUGGCGCUGGAGACAUACAUCCACCGGGUGACUUUGGAGAUAAAAAUCCGCCAGGUAGCGCUUUUGACACACAUCCACCUGGUAGCGCUGGAAAUAAAAAUCCGCCAGGUGGCGCUGGAGACAUACAUCCACCGGGUGACGUUGGAGAUAAAAAUCCGCCAGGUGGCGCUGAAGAGACUAAUGCGGGUGGCAAUUUAUAUUACCAGAAAAUGAAGAAAAAAUGUAUUUUUUGA